AUGAAGGUCCAUUCGUCCGCGCUCAUUGUCCUAUCUCUCAGUGGCGUAUCUCUUGCUAAAGAGUACGGACAGUGGGGUGUCUACGCAUAUACCGACCGAAACUGCGAUAAGCUGCUUGGCCAGUGGCGAGAUGAUAGGUUGCCAAAAUGCACCAGUCUUGCCAACUAUCCCGAUGUUCUCGGCAUCAGAGUCGACGUCAAGAACCUAGGCCCGGUCACAUGCGGGUGGGUUGUCAAGACUUAUAGUUCUCCCGACUGCAGUGGCGACGGCAGAGAGAUUACACGAAAUGACGUCUGCGUUGACACUCCUUUCUUUGGAGACUUCAAGAAGCCUGUUAAGAGCUUCAUCGUUGGCCAAUUUCCCUUUUGCGAGUAG